AUGGCAUACGAGCUUUACGAGCAUCAUUUCCCUCAUAGUUCCUACCACUUGGCUGUUACCGACCAGCACUCCAAGUCCGUUCGGGUCUUCCCACGAGACGCUUCCAAGUGGAACAAAGACGCCAUUCACUGGUCUUUCACUGCCGACCUAGACCCAUGGCCCUGGCAAAAGGACGUUUGGGCCGACCUUUCUGAAGUCAAAAUCCGCAAGACAGCUGACCGGGGUCUGGUUGCCUUAGUCGCCGCAUCAGGAGGCAAAGUUGGCAUGAUCGAUAUCAAAUCCGGGCAGAAAUCCACGACGAUAGACGACGUCGUCUGGUCAGCAACACCUGAUGGCAACCCGCAUUCCCUCGAACGAAUCCCCAAUUUGGGAGCAUUUGUUGCCGCAAGCUCGGCCUCCCAUAAGCUGACGCUGUAUGUCCCAACCGAUGGGUCAGAUGUCAACAAUCUGAAAAAGAUCAAGAAGACCCAUGAAUAUACCGUUCAGAAGGCUCACGGUGUGCUCUGGCAUGAUGGCAAGUUGUGGGCCAUCGGCGAGGAUUACCUUCACAAAUAUGAUGUCGUGGGAAAAGGGAAGGACAUCGAGCUGAAGAGGGAUGGAAAACCAAUCCCUUUGCCUAAGGUGAAAGGCAGGGCGAGCAAUGGUCACGAUCUUUCUGCUAGUUACAAGGAUGAUGAUAUCUUGCUGUUGACGCAUACCGCUGCUGCGUAUAAAUACAACACAACCAGUGGGGACUUUGAUACUCUCAUGGAAGUCGAUAAGCUCAAGUCUUUGGUUCAGCAUUCUUCUGGGGAGUAUGCCUGGGUGCGCGGGGCAAAGGGUGAUAUGGGGCAGUAUGUGUCGUUUAGUGAUGAGAGCGCACCCAAAACCGUGACGGACAAGAGAGGGUGGAAUGAUGCUGAAUUCUACAAGGCGAGGAUCUUUGAUCCUGGGUAUGAGUGA